CUGAUUGGUCCAGCAACGGAGAUCGUGCAGUAUUUAGGCAUGCUCGGAUGUGGUGCCUGAAUCCCUGCUCACCUGUCCAGGUCCUGUUAGCUGUCAAACAUGGGGUUGUUGCUUGUCAUAUUCCCGGCCCUUCUGCUGACUGGAUUUUGCAGCGGUGGACCAGCCACACUAACACCAGGCACCUGCUGGUCGAUGGGAAGUCUGCACAGCACCUUUGACAACCAGUACUACACCUUCAUGGGCAACUGCACCUACACAAUGGCCAAGAGCUGCAACAGUGCAACCGUCCCGGCCUUCGAAGUGGACGCCGACUACAUGAACUCUGGAAAGGGGGGCGUUCCGUCAGUGGGAGCAGUUGCUGUCAACGUCCACGGAUUCCAUAUUGAAAUAGUUCGCAGUAUGUUUGGAAUUGUUCGGGUGAACUACCAAGACUGGGCCCUUCCGAUCAACUUGAACAACGGGCUGGUGACGCUCUACCAGAGAGGCCUGUUCGUCGUCGUGGAGACAGACUUUGGCCUGACCGUGAAGUACGACUGGAACCAGUUCCUUGCCAUCAUGGUGCCGGGCAGUUUUUCGGGGAGCGUGUGCGGCCUGUGUGGCAACUUCAACAACAAAGCUGCAGACGAUCUCACCGGCAGCGUGGAGGCACUGGGAGCGAGCUGGAGGGUCCCCAGCGCCGCGGACGACGCGUUCUGCCGAGACGGGUGCGGAGGCCAAUGCGCAGACUGUCCUCUCAGUGAAGUCCAGCAGUUAGAAUAUCUGAUCCUGUGUAAAACAAUUCCACAAGACAUCCCACAAUACGCAGGCUGUCAACCUGGCGGCAUCAACGCCACCCUCAUCCAAAACAACUGCAUGCUGGACCUCUGCAGCGGUGAAAACGAGAACACAUAUCUCUGUAACACUCUUCAAGGCUAUGCUGAAUUGUGCCAGAUGUCUGGGUCCAAAGGUUCCAACUGGAGGACUGCGACUCAAUGCUCCGUACCCGUGUGCCCAACAAACAGCCACUACGAGUUCUGCGGCACCAGCUGCCCCGCUACGUGUUCGAACCCGAGUCCUCCCGCAGAAUGCAGCAGCCCCUGUGUGGAGGCGUGCGUCUGCAACGACGGCUUCGUGCUCAGCGGCACCGAGUGCGUGCCCCAAGCGCAGUGUGGCUGCACGUACGAAGGCCACUACGUGAAAGUGGGAGCGUCUUUCUGGGGCGACGACGCCUGCACCACGCGCUACACGUGCUCCGCUGGCGGGCUUCUGUCCCUGAGCCGGACGUCCUGUCCUGCUGGGCAGGAGUGCCAGGUGGCGGGCGGGCUCAGGGGCUGCUAUCCCGUCGACCACGCCACGUGCAUGGUGUCGGGGGACCCGCACGUCGUGACCUUUGACGGGGAGCGCUACGACUUCCAGGGCACCUGCUCGUACGAGCUAGCUGGCGUCGCCGCUAAUGCUAAAGGCCUGGAAACCUUCAGCGUCGUGCUGCAAAACAGUGGCCGAGAUAAGAAGAUCGGUUCGUCCCUCAGUCUGGUGGAGGUCCAAGUCAACGGGUACACCGUCGUCAUCAGCAGAGUCUACCCUGGCACCGCUGUGGUCAAUGGUGAGCUCUCCAACCUCCCCUUGACUCUCGACAGUAGCCUCCAUCUUUACACCAGCGGCUGGUUUGCCGUCCUGGAGACGGCCUCUGGUGUGCAGGUGUACUACGACUGGGGCAGCGUCGCUUUCGUGACUGUUCCCAGCGCUUACAUGGGCACUAUGCAAGGUCUCUGCGGCAACUACAACCUCAACCCCAAAGACGACAUGCAGAUGAGGAACGGGACGCAAGCCGCCACCCCUAAGGCCCUGGGCCAAAGCUGGACGGUGGGCACGGUCCCAGGCUGCGUGGACGGCUGCAGCGGCCCCUGUCCCGGCUGCAACUCCACCCAGAAAGCUCAGUACAGCACCAACAGCGCCUGCGGCCUCAUCGCGGACCCCGCAGGCCCGUUUCGCGACUGCCACGCCAAGCUGGACCCCACGGGUUUCCUGGAGGACUGCCUGUAUGACGUCUGUCUGUACGAGGGCAAAGGGAACAUGCAGUGCAAGACUCUGACUGCUUACACUGCAGCCUGUCAGCUGAAGGGCAUCAGCGUGUACCCCUGGAGGUCGGCCCAGUUCUGUGAUGCUGCUUGCCCUUCAAACAGCCACUACGAGCUUUGCACCAGCAGCUGCGUUGGAUCAUGUGCGACAGACUGUGGAGCUCAGUGCAUGGAAGGCUGCGCCUGCAACGAGGGCUACCUCAUGAGUGGGGACGAAUGCGUGCCUGCAAACCAAUGCGGCUGCAUGUACGAAGGCAGAUACUACCAGCAGGGUGAGGUCUUUUAUCCCGAUGCCCUGUGUCAGAAGGAAUGCACCUGCAACAGCACGCAAGUACAGUGUGUCCAGUCCUCUUGUGGUCCAAACGAGAAGUGUGACACCAAAGACUACGUGCGCUCGUGCCAGCCCUCGGGUAUCGGAGUCUGCUUCAUCUCUGGAGAUCCGCACUACCACACAUUUGACAACAGCACCUACGACUUCCAAGGCACCUGCACCUACACGGCAGCCGAGAGCUGCCACCUGACCGACGCAAGGCUCCCGGGUUUCUCUGUGGCGGUGGAGAACGAGAAGUGGUACCGCAUGUCCGACAAUCCCCAGGUCUCAGUGGCCAAACUUGUGGCAGUAGAGGUUUAUGGAAACAUACUGAUCCUACGCAGGAAUGAAGUUAACCUGGUUUGGGUGAAUGGAAUCCUGCAGCAUCUUCCACUCACCCUCUUGAACGGGGCAGUGAAGGUUUAUCAGGAAGGGACAAACGAUGUCAUCAUGACCGACUUCGGCUUGAGGGUCACCUACGACCUGGUCUACCACGUCACCGUCACGGUGCCCGGCAGCUACAGGGGCCGAACCUGCGGCCUGUGCGGCAACUUCAACGGCGACGCUGCGGACGAGUUCCAGCUGCCGGACGGAAGCGUGACCAAGGAGCUCCAAGCCUUCGGGGCCGCGUGGAAGGUGCCCGUGCCCGGCGUGGUCUGCGAGGACGGCUGCAGCGGCGACACGUGCCCCACGUGUGACGACUCCACAAAGGCGGCCAUAGAGGGAAAAUGUGCCAUCAUCACCAACCCCGAGGGCCCCUUUUCCGCCUGUCACGGCGUGAUCGAGCCUGCGUCCUACUACAGAGACUGCGUCUACGACGUGUGCUUGGCCAAAGACGAGCAGAGGGUGCUGUGUCAGAGCGUUUCUGCCUAUAUGCUGGACUGCCAGAACUUCGGAGCAGUCAUUCAGAACUGGAGAACUCCAUCUUUCUGCCCUUUGAAAUGCGGCGCCAACAGCCAUUACGAAGUCUGCGCCCGUCCGUGCUCCGCUUCGUGUCCUGGGCUCCUGGAGGUCAUGACCUGCCCCACAGCCUGCGUGGAGGGCUGCGUCUGCGACAGCAGCUACAGCUACAACGGAACCGGCUGCGUUCCCACCGACCAGUGCAGCUGCUACUACAAAGGCCAGACUCUAGAGGUGGGACAGUCCGUUAUCACAGACGACUGCCGCAGCGUUCACACCUGCCAGGCCUCCGGCGUGGUCCUGUCUAAGAACAUGUCGUGUGACCCCAAUGAGCGCUGCCAGGUGAAGAACGGCAAGCUGGGCUGCUUCCUCCAGCAGUGCACCGUAGGCCAGAACGCCACCGUGACCGCCUUCAAUGGGGAGACUGGUGCUGUAAAGAAAGCAGGAACCUAUGAGAUCGUCCAGAACUGUGACCAGUCCGCCACGACCGACUGGUUCCGGGUGGUGGUGAAGUUUGACACGUGCACUCCUGGUGUGAACUCCUUCAUGGCUAUGUAUGUGUUCUUCACCGACGUCAUGAUUAUAGUCAACAAUAAACACGACGUCUGGAUAAAUGGAAAAGCGAUGACGCAGAGCACUUUCUCCCUGAACGACGUGAAGGUGCUGCGUUCCAACAACACCGUGACCAUCUCCAAUCCUUCCAGCCUGCAGCUGACCUUCACUCCCUCUGAUCAGCUUGUCAUUAGCGUCAGCGAUAAAGCUGCUGACAUGGUGUGUGGGGCGUGUGGGAAGCUGCAGCCUGUUGACUCCACUCUGCGGGCUCUGAGACAGAGCCUGCUCAAGUCUCUGCAGGCUCCCAGCACCGUCUUUGCAUCGCUGAACAUUGAGCAGUGGACAGCUCCUGAUUUCCCCCAGUGCGGUUCCUAGAUCCCAGUCCUGACAGUUCAUCAUCCUCAUCCUCAUCCUUCAGGCUAAUUAAUCUCACAGCUAUUUAUUUAAAAGGUCCUACAUCCAUGGAAAUCCCAUUAAAACUAAAGAAAAACCCGGGUGUACAAUAAAUGCAUAUAGAUAUGUCUAAACAUGUAUGUCACUAUGUAUAAGCUACAAAUGUCAAUUAUAUAAAAUUGUAAUAAAAACCAACACAAAGGACAAAUAUUACUAAUGUGUUAAUUUUCUUAAUCUUUGUAUUUAAGCUGUUGUUCCACCUCGUAUGAGGUGUUUGAUCUUGUAUUUUGUGUUUGUGGCCUGUGUUCUUUGUAGUUAGCUGCUUAAACUUUACUUUUCCUUUCUGUUGUGUUUAGCACUAGACAAUGCCUGAAGAACCUCAGCUGCUUUUGAUGUAGUAUUACCUGUUUCAACCUUCUGCUGGAAUCACCCUAUCUCUGAGAUCUGUUGAAUUUGUUUGUUUUAUCUAUAUUAAAAUUACUUAUGUUG